GCCCACUCUCAACUUUGCUCAAGCAAAAGGCAACCACAGAUAUCCUUUCUCAUUCAUACGUCCCACUCUGAAGACGUCGCCAGCACCGCCGGAUGCCUCUCCGAGCUGACACGCCCGUUCCCGCUGCAAUCCACCGAUAACGCCACCAUCGACCCCGUCCCAUGACCGCUCCGCUCCCGCCUUGAGCAUGUCAAGGAAGACUUCCGCCAUACACUUCCAGCAGAUCCCGCGCCCGCGGUAUAGGAGGCCCACGUAGCAUUGACUCGUUCAAUGGACCAGCGGGUAUUCGAGCAAUGGGACUGCCGACGCCCACCUUUCUGGUGGGGCUCAUCCUGCUGGCCUACCUGCUGUUCUUCGUGCUUUUCGCCUUCAUACGUAUAGCGACCGGUAUAUCCAUACAGCGUCUGGGCAUCUCUGGCCUCCGUCGCAUCUCAUUCACGCCAAAGGAUGGCAUUCGCAUAGAGAUACGAGGACUAGGGCUCUCUUUCCAUCGCCCUACCUUUGCACGGCCGACCUGGGUCAGCGUGGUCUUGACGGAAUUGAAUGUUAUUGUGGACUUGCGAGCCUUGGGCCAGAAACCACAGAAGAAGUCAGCGCGGACUCAGGGAGAACAUAUUCGCAUGCCCUCGCCACAUGGGGCAGCAGGUGGCCAAUCAUCGGACACGCUGGAGGACGGAGAGGGCGAUAGAGGCGGAGCAUGGGAGCGCCUCGCGGAACUAAAGGAGCGCAUCAAACGCCUGCACCGCCAAAUCGAGUGGAUACGCCUUGUUGACCUUGAUGCCACUUCUACCUCUCUGACGGUAGCGGAUGUCGGCUCCCUUCAGAUUGGCAGCUUGAGCAUGACGGUCGACACCCGCAGAAAGACUGUAGAUCGUAGUCGUCUUUUCAACCACCAUAAGCCCAGCAAAAAUAGGGAACAUCGGCCCGCUGAAUGGAUCAUCGCCACCCGCAGCAUCCUCUUCACGCCCGAGGGAAAAGACUCGACGGAGAUAGUGGACCACUGCACGCUGAACAUAUAUGGUAUGCUUUACAAAGAGUUAGAUGGCCUUCGAGAUGCGUCCAUCGCACUGAAACUGGGGCGGCUGAGCAUUCCUUACGAUGACUUGGAGCUGUGUAUCGGACGCGCCAAAGCUUGCCGGAAAUCCGCUUUGGACGAGCAGAUCGGGCUGCACCAUUCUAGCGUAUCUUUCGCCGAUAUCGUAGACGAGCUCGAGUGUCCAGGUAGUCGCGAGGGUGGAGUUGUUCGUGCGAUAUCCGACUCGAAAGAGUUUGCAAGCUCCAUUAUGCGCGGUAUUCAAGAGUUUCAGUUCGCGGUGGGCUUUUUCGGCCUCACAAAGAAGAUCCAAGAAGCAAGCGAAGUUGGCCCAUCGAUAUUCCUAAACAUGUCCAUGAAAGACGUAGGGUUGGACCUUCUGCGGCUGGACCCGCGCAGUCCGGCGCAUGUGAUGUACUUUUCCCGCGACGACAUUGCCCACCAAGCCCUUCUCGCCGCUAUAUCUAUAUCUGUUGGAAUUGAUGACGGACACGGCCAUCCUGAGCGGCUCCUGUACAUUCCUAUGGCUACGAAUACUUUGAACACAACCCUGCCUUCGAAAACCAUCCAAUACUCCAGAGAAAGGAAUGUUGCGGACAGGAACACUAAUAUCCUGCAUGCAAACCUUGUCGUAACUUCUCCUUCACUCGACCUCGACCCGAAGCACCUGCCACUCCUACUUGCAAUGUCUCGCAACUACGAGACCUCGCAACGCAGAGCCCCCAGUCUGCAGACACAAAAGCACUCCCUGCUGCGGCGCCUGCUACCCAAGGCAACCAUCAAAAUCACCAUUCAUGAACCUGUAGUGCGCGUCACGCUGCCACCUAUGGAUUCCGAAAAGCAAGAUAGUGAAGAAUUCGACCUGCUAAUAUCCGCAUCAUCAUCUGUCUCUCUCGAUGUCGAGUCAUCCCAUGCCGCCGACGGCGACCUGCACUAUGCGCUCACCUCUACCCUCAGAAUGAACUCGCAACAACUAUAUUACCAGACCACUGGCGGUGUGAAACAUAGCCUCCUUCUCACCGACUACCUGGAGCUCAAACUGCAGCUGAGUGCCUCGCCAAACAUUGUCGUAGUAGUCAACGGAACGGCCCAGACAUUUUCAGUUUUUUUGGUGCGGCCUGAGUUAAGUGAAGGUCUACGCCAAAUCGUAUCUCAGAUUCAGAAGGAUGUACGCCGGAGACGGGGGGCACCGAAAAGAAAGGGUCUCAGUUUUCUACGAAAAGUUCCCUCAUGGCUAUCCCUUGUGCAGUUACAGGGUUCCGACUUUAACAUCGAAGUGGCUGGGACAGACGCCCAGGUGUCCAAGGACCCGCGAGGCGUGGGCUUACAUCUGGAAAAUUGGACUGCGGAAUAUCGUCAAGAUAAGGCGGAGGCGGGCGAUUACCGUCCUGCGCGAAGGCGCGCUCCAAGUCGCACGAUCAAUCGGGAUGAAUACCUGCUGCGGCCGUCGACGCCGACAUCUCCCCGAUCACCCAGACGAGGCGUAGGCGAUGCCACUGACGGAAGGACGCUCUCUGUGCAGUUGAAAGGCCUAGAAGGAUUUGUGCUCGAAGCUGGAGACAAUUGGGAGUCAGAACCUUUCGUAUCCUUGCCGCAGAUGGAGGUCUCCUUCACCACAGCUUCUGACAAGCAAGGGCCCCUUUUCCAUGUCCACGUAUUCGCGCAGGCCCUGUUCUUUCAUUACUCUCUAUAUCGCCACUUUGCCCUUGGUGUUGCUGCGGUGGUUCUGCGGCGCUCGUUCAACCGGUCCCCUGAUCAUCAAAAACCGGAUCUGGCUCAACCUCGUACUGCUCGUCACCUCGCAGUCCCUUCGCUGGAUGGUGAAGAGGACGAUCAUGCGAGCAUCAAUCCGAAGCGAGAAUUUGUUACCUUAGAUGUCCGAUCGUCGUUUGUACAGAUCAAGGCCGAUAUGCCCUCAGAUCCAGCCCUGAUGUUGCACAUAUACGAAUUGGAGGCGGGGCGGCAUCGUUGGGCCAAUCCAUACCUGCGUUCUCGGCUCGUUCGUUUGCAUGCCGAGAGCCCUCACGUCAAGGCUGCGUGGGCCCGUCUAGUGAGCGUCAAGUCAUUGCGCCUAGAUUACAGGGAGACAAAACGGAGGUAUGGACAUACGGUAACGGAAGACAAGUCGUUUGAUAUCGCCACCGACGCGAUUCGCUUGGCAGUUCCACAUCAAUUGGUGAUGCACAAGGUUUUCGAUAACAUUGUCAACCUUACGAAGACCGUGGAACAGCUUCACAGCCGAUUCAAGACCGGUAUUGAGGGGUCCAUCCCGUACAAGGCACCGAAAGGCCCGAAGCACGUCCCCAAGAUAACCCUGCGCAGUCGUGCGGUGCUCUUCGAGCUGGAGGAUGAUCCCUUCGAAUUUAAACUUGGUGUCAUCUAUCGCUACGGGCUGCUGGAGCAGAAGCAGAGAUUAGCCCGGGAACAUGCUUUCGAUCUAAAAGUUAAGAAACUCCAACAGGAACAUGAUCAUCGCGGUUCAUCGCGUCAUAGAGCAAAGUCGGCGCACGGGCAGCGUUCGCGAAGCAAAUCGAAGAAAGCCAAAGAGUCACACAAGUUGCGUCGCAGCAAAAGUGAAGAACGAGGUCAUUCUGAAGGCUUGUCAUGGCCCAAGAGGGAGCACGACAGACCAGAAACAGCACACGAACAAAGACAGGAAAAGGCUAUGCGCUAUGAUAAGGAUGGCUAUUGUGGUCUCAGCGGGUCAUGUCGCACGUCGAUUGAUGAAGCCCGUGAGAAGCUGAAUCGGCUGAACGCUCAGACGUGGAAGAAGCGUAUCGAUCACGCAUUGAAGUGCCAGUCGCAUUCAAGCGACGGCGUUCGAUCGCUAUUCUGGGGUCUGGACGAUAUACCAGAAGAGGUUGAGCAUAAAGAGAAGAUCCUCGCAGUUCCACGGCAGCCUCCGCUCAUGACUGUCGUGGUCGGUGAUCUGGACGUCAUUCUCGAUAAACCUUCAUUCCCUCUGCAUGAUUAUCCUAAAUUCCUGCAGCGCGUGGGAAAGGGAAUGCCGGUCGAUAUGCAGUAUUCGCUGCUCAUUCCUACACAUGUUCAAAUAAACAUGGGAGAGGCACAAGUCCAGUUACGCGACUACCCACUUCCUCUCAUUCACAUCCCCGCACUCAAUCCGUCGCAAUCAUCGAGGUUACCAAGCUUGUCACUCAAGACCGACUUUGUCAUUGCCGAAGAGUACAGGGACAUUGAGUCGAUUAGGGUCUGUAGAGUUGUUGUAGUGCCACCAGAACAGAGUGAGACGGGUGACGAGACGGGGGGGUUGGCUGUUGACGUUCGGCGUACAGUCUCGCCUGUCAAGACGUACUCUGACAUGGCCAUCGAUAUCAAUUCGUCUUAUCCAACCAGAAUCACGUGGGGAACAUCAUAUCAGCCCGCCAUUCAAGAUAUGAUGCAGGUCAUAGAAAACUUCACAAAGCCAGCUAUCGACCCUUCAGAACGAGUCGGGUUCUGGGACAAGAUCCGACUCACAUUCCACUCGCGCUUCAGGGUGUCGUGGAAAGGUGACGGGGACGUUCAUCUCAUCCUUAAAGGUUCCCGCGAUCCCUACCUGGUCACAGGCCAUGGUACCGGAUUUGUGAUGUGCUGGCAGAAUGAUGUCCAACUGAGUAUCGCUGAGGAUGAAGACCCUCGAAAUUUUAUGAUCGUCAAUAGCGGUGUCUAUGUUCUUGCAGUGCCCGAUUUGAGUCAUUACGCCAGGCACGAGGCUGAAGUGGUUGACUCUGAAAACCCGCCCGAAGCUUCCAGCACAUCGAGUUAUAGACGAUCAGCGGCAUUCAAGAAGACGAUCAUGAAACUCAACGGCAAUGUUCGUUGGAAAGCUGGCCUCGUCUACGAGCGCAAUUUGGAUGAGGGUGGGCGGUCGUUUGAGUUCAUUCCUCACUACAAAGUUGUACUCAAGCAUCCAGACUACGCCGUGGCACGCGAUGGCAGGGUAUAUGACGCCUUCCGCGGAUUUCGUAGUCACCACAUCCAUAUGUCAUUGGCAGUCGCUGCCCCACAUGAUCGUGAGUGGUCGGUUUCCAACCUCGAGCCGGCAAAGACAUAUAACAGCGUGCACCUUACUCCGCGGUUCUUCACACAUUUCUUCAACUGGUGGUCUAUGUUCUCCGGUGCUAUGUCGCUUCCCAUCCGCCAGGGGGGGUUGUGGCCGGGGGUCGAAAAGUCCAGCAAAAAGUUUGGCCGACAUCUUGCCACAAUCAAGUACAGCCUGCUCUUGUCGCCGUUAUAUAUGAGUCACGUCUAUAAGCAUAAAGACCCCGAGGAUUACGACUCCAACAUCGUAACCGCGACGGGUCUCAAAGCUCGUGUGGACAGCUUUAUGCUUGAUCUCCAUCAACGCAGAGAGGAAUUCCGAACCCUAGUCCAGGAUCCCAAGUGUCAAGAGGACAGUAAACAGAACCAGACAACUGGGAUGAGAAUUAAUCAAGUCCAAUUGGAUCUGAUCGGAACUGAUGUGCGAGCCCUAUCAGCAAGUAUCCGUGGUACUGAUGAGGAGUCCGUGCUGACAGCUUCGCCUGAAACUAUUGCUGGUUACAGCCAGGACGUAAUACGUGCCGACCUCUCCAAGUUUAUCAUUCCUGACAAUGACUGGGGUUGGGUAGACAUGGACGACUUCGUUGACCUUGGAUGGAUGCUACCUGCUGAUCGCAACCCGGAGACCAUGAUACUCCCGCUGGCCUUCGCUCCCCGGUUUACUUACCUGCGUCAAACUGACCACGCCAACAACAUAUCAGGAGACCCGCACAGGACUAGCCCGUUCGGGUACGAGCCCACCCAUCACUGCGUGAUGUCGGGUCGGAACGAUCCACGCAGGAUCCAGUGCCAGCUGAUCGAACAGCGCCUCCAGAGAAUCAAAGAGCAGCUAGCUUUGAAUGACAAAGCCAUCGGAGAGCAGGAAUUGAAAAUUAUACAGGCACCAGAGGGUGCUGACCAAGGCCUGCACGAACGACUGGACGGUCUCCGGAAUUUUGAGAAGGUCUUAAAGCGCAAGGAAAACUUCCUACGCUCCAUGCACGAAAGCUUGAUGGAACGGUUGGAGAGCACCGAUGCCGUCCCUGUACAGGCGGUAGACCAAGAGGAUAACGACAAAUACUACGAGGCCCAAGAAGAAUACGAUCCUCCGGAGUCGGAGGCCAAGGGCAAUGAUAAACCGCCGCCCACAGAGAACCUUAGCGACUUCAACAACCGCUUCAUCGUUCACAAUGUUCAUCUGAAAUGGAGUAAUUCCUUGCGGAACAUCAUUCUUCGCUACAUCCAUCAAGUCAGCCAGCGUCGCGGCUUUGUCUAUUACAUGUCGCGCAGAGCUGUCAAAUUCAUUCUCGAUAUCGUCGAGGAGCAAGCAAAAUCGAAAGAGCCGUCAGAAUCCGGAAGAAACGGGAGAGACGAUUAUACAAGAGCUUCAUCGCCCUACGAUGACGAAAUGGGUAUACAUGAACGGGUCCAACAGAUCCUAGGGGACGGAAAACCGGUCGUCAGCGCAGAUGAUUCAAAGCCCAAAGGAACCCUCUUCGAUGCCUGUACCAGCCGUCCGCAUACCUCGAAGGCCGAGGAAGAUGUUUCCCUUGACUAUGUCGCACAGAAUGCGUACAUUGUACGCAUGAUCGCUCCACAGAUCCAACUACAGAGUGAAAAAGAUAAGAAAUCCGCUGUCUUGAUUGCGGCCAAGUCCAUGCAGCUGAAGAUCAUCCAAAUCAUGGAUAAGGAUCGCAUCACUGACGACGUAUCGGGAUUGGUGCAACGCCGAUUCACCGCCGCCAUGGACAGCCUCCAGAUCUUCGUCACAAAUGCGAAAACCUUCUCGGAAGACAUCCACAUGUACUCGGGGAGUACUUACGGUACUCCUGUCGGUUCAGAUUGGCCCCCAUGGGUGCCAUUCGAGGUCAUGUUUGAGUUCCACACAGAGCCUUUCGGUUUCCAGCGGGUAGUUCCCAGGACCUCGGCCAGUCUACGUUAUGACAAAUUUAAUACCCUCCGUCUGAAAUACCACGAUAACGUAACAUCUGGUCGGGCCGAUGGAGCCUCAACCCAACGACCGGACGACCCGGGCAGUCGCAUGGACCAUCUUUACGUGGAUUUUCCACAUGUGCGAGUCCUCUGCAACUCCCGGCAGUACUAUGCUGUUUACGUCAUCGUUCUUGAUCUCCUGUUAUUCAGUGAGCCCUUGGAGAAAACACGAACGGAACGCUUAGAGAAGAUAAUGUUGGCUUCUGACUUCAGUGAUCUGACGGGUGCGCCCGACUUGGUCAUUGGUCUACAAGAACGUAUCAGGCAGCUCGAGGAGAUAAAGACGGUGUUCCAGGUCAAUGAGAAGUACCUCGACAAGCAGGGUUGGAGCGAUCGCAUCGAAGUGGAGAAAGACCUCUCUAUAUUUGAGGAGGAGCUUUUCUUCGUCAUGAAGGCCAUCACCACGGCGCAGCGGAAACAAGACGAUCGUGCGCAGACCAAACAAUCCUCAGGUCUGUUGCGGUAUUAUAUCUCUGCUUCGGAAAUUGUCUGGCAUCUGUUAGCUCAGGGCAAGCAGUCACUGGCGGAGUUUCAGUUGAAGAACGCCGUAUAUGAUCGGACGGACAAUAGUGAUGGGUCCAAUUUCAACUUAUUGGAAAUCGAGGAAGUCAAAGGCCUCAACCUCCUACCUGACGCACUUUACCCAGCGAUGAUUUCCCGCUACAUUGACAACAGAUCGGUUGUCGAAGGACCUGACACGAAAAUGCUCAGAGUGCAUUGGAUCAUGCUAGAAGCCAUUGCCGGAAUCCCUGUCAUGGAUCAUUUUGAAGUCAACCUCUUUCCGCUCAAGGUACAACUAGAGUACUCCAUUGGAAAGAAACUGUUUGAAUAUGUUUUCCCCGGGGUAAAGGACAAGUCCAUGUCGAACGGCAAGUCUCCGUUCCUGGUGAAGCACGUAGUCCACGCCGACGAAGGAGACGACGAUGAUGUGGGGGAUACAUUGAGAGCAGGGGCACGCAAGACCUCGACCAUCCCAGAGAAUGAGGACGAAGUCAAUGCUUUGAAACUGCGGUUGAAGCCAACAUUGCACCUACCGGCUCCUAACGAGAAGCCACCGACACAGAUCAAACCAAGCCAUGACAAGCGUCCGAAUGUCCAUCACCUCCGUCUGUUCCGCGAUAGCUCUACUCGCUCUUACUCAGAACCUCGCAGGCUGCUUCAUCCGCGCUCUGCAGCAGCUGAGAACUGGUCUCCAUCCUCCACUCGACCCAGCACUGUGCGGACUGGGUCUAAUCUCUCUGCCGCUACCACCGACUCCGACAAGGCCAGCAGGAAGUUCAUGAUUUAUCGUACGAACUCAGAGGACCAGAGGUCAAAGAAGGCACGCUCUGACGACCUCACUGAAAUGAUGUCCCGGGCCAGUAACUACAUGACUCUUGCCUAUGUCAAGAUCCCGUCCAUGGUGCUUUGCCUGUCUUACAAAGGAAAGUCGCAUAGGAAUCUGGAGGAUGUUCACAAUCUCGUAUUCCGCAUGCCAAAUCUCGAGUACCGCAACAAAACCUGGUCCAACCUUGAUCUAGCUCAACAGAUCAAGAAGGAUGUUACUCGCGCGCUCUUUGCGCACGCCGGCGCCAUAGUGAGCAACAAGUUCACGCACCAUCGCGCUGCGAAACAUGCGCCCUCACGUCUCCGCCAGACUGCCAAUAAUUCAGCUGUAAUGAACGGCUCACCAGACCUAUCAGACAAUGUUAGCACAAGGGACCCUUCGCCAGGCGGCAGUGAUCUAUCAGUCGAGCUGCCUUCACGGCGCUCCUUUGCCAGUGGCAGGGGUAGUGUUUUAUCUGCCAUGAGUGAGCACACAAGUCUCCGGAGCAGUAGGAGCGGACCUGAGGUUACCGGAAGCGUUUUGGGGCCCAACUGGCAAGACGAUGACGCAAUCAUUGAAGAUGGUAGGGGCUUCGCAGAUGAGCUCUCGCGAGUUGAUCAAACGGAGCCGGAGCAUGCGAACAUGAUACAAAGUCUUUCGAGACAUGUUACUCAGCUCGCACCCUUCGGUCAUAAACCGCGUAGCGGAAGCUUCAAGGGCUCUGUUGAGGAGGAAAGCGAAGAAACAUCGAAAAAGAAGUCGCGCAUCCUACUCGGCGGAGCUAAGAAGCUCUUCGGUCAUGGCAAUGCCUCUUGAGCCAUGGCCAACCUGUGGCGCGGUUAUCCUUCUCUUAUUCGUUUCCUUCUCUCUUGGUUGAAGUGCAUACUUUGGCGUUCUCGCUAUUCUCAGUCUCACUGCAUUUCAUUUGUAGAUAUUGAAGUAUUCGUUUGUCGGUCCGGUUUCUGGGCACGCUGGAAGGUUUUUUGUUGCAUUUGAGGCGUUUGCGUUCUGGACUGGAUGUAAAAUUGCACAUUAGGAGUUUAGAGGUUGUGCGUCUCAGCGACUAUGCGGUUCGUUCGAGAGAAUACAUUGUUUCUAAACAGAUUGGGUUAUUCAAAUCACAUUUUGGUCUUUUAAGG